AUGGAAGAUCUGACAGAGAAGUUGGAGAAGAACAAGGAGCUGCUGGAUAGCGCCACCAGCGAUGUGGAGAAGCUGACCGAGGAGAAUAGUAGAUUGGCGGAGGAAGUGAACACUCAGAAGGAGGAACUUGCUCAACAGCGACAAGAAAUGGAAAGACAAAAGGUGGAGCUGGAGAAACAAAGUAUGACAAUCGGACAUCUCACUUCGAAUCUCGAGGAGAAAACCAAAGAGAUAACUUCACUCGAUAGAAAUCGCCAGGAGGUGGAGUAUCUCAAGGAGACGCUGCUGAAAGAGAACCAGUCGAUUCGUGAGAUGAUUGCGCAGGGUGCAAGUGGAUUGAACGACCGACUCGCAGAGAAGGAUGAAUAUCACAACAAGAUACACGCACUCGAUCUCAAGGUGAUGGAACAAAACAAUCAAAUCGAAGAUCUAAACAGAUUGGCGGUGCAAGACAAAGAGAAGAUCGGUAGUUUGACGGCGGAGAUCAGUGAGUUGACAACGGAGAUCAGUGAGUUGAAAUCGAAUUUGGAGUUGGAGAAGCAGAAGCGCGAUGAAGAUCACGAUCGCUACAGCGCAGAGAAGGAGACAAUGUACAAUAAACACGUUCAGGAGCAAGUUGAGAAAGAGGAGGCUGCAGAGAUGGUUGUGUCCGAUCUCAAGGCGAUGGUUGACAAAGCAAACAGCGACCGUGACGUCAUGGAGUCAGAGUUGAAUAACUUUGCCAAACGACUGUCUGACCAAUCGGAAAAGAUCACCGACUACGAAAGACAGGUAGCCGAACAACAAAAAGAAAUGGAAUCAAUCAUUCACACUCGUGACAAUCUGAUUCGCGAGUUGGAGGAACUCCAAGGAAAACAACAGCUAGACGGUGCCAGUCGUGAAUCCGAAGAGAAACUCGUGAGGGAGCUGAACGAUCUCAAGCUGCGCUACGAAGAGGAGAAGAACAAGCUACAGAAGAACAGCAGUGACGAGCGCCAAACGUUUGAAUCGCGUCGUUGGGAGAUCGUUGCCGAGUUGGAACAAGAGAAGAACAAGUCGCGCAAAGUACAGGAGGAACUGCUGGAGGAGCGACGUCGACUCGGUGUCGUCUCGAAAACCGUAGAGAAAUUCCUCAACGAGACGAAUAUCAACGAGAGCAACAUCACACUGGAGUCGUUCUAUGCAAUGCUGGAGGCGGCCAAGAAAGAGUUGCUCGACGGAUUCCACCACAAGAGAAAAUACUAUGACGACGAAGAUCUCUUGGCUCAACUUCACAUGGAACGCGAAGCCAGAAGACUAGCCGAAUCACAAGUCGAACAUUUCGCUGUACUAUUAGAAAAGAAGAGAAUGGAGCUGAACGCACUGAGACCGCCCAGUCAAGCUCAAUCACAACAAGUAUUUUCAUGCGCCAUACCAAAAUGGUUAAUAUCAUCAUCACGUUUCUUUUUAGAGAACAAAAAAAUGUUCACCAAUCAUAUUCAAUUUAAAAUGAAUUAA